AUGCGGAAACGUAGCAGACGCGUCCCUGAUUGCAAAUACACUGCAAUUUCCAUCGAGGAUGUAAGGGAUGUGGAGGAGGAAAAAGCGGUCAGAGCUUAUCGUCAGGCGUUGCUUGCAAAGGAUCAGCUUUCUCCACAUUAUGAUGAUUACCACACUUUGUUAAGGUUUUUGAAAGCAAGGAAGUUUGACCUUGAUGAAACCAUGCAGAUGUGGGAAGAUAUGCUGAACUGGAGGAAAGAGUAUGGAGUAGAUACUAUUGUACAGGAUUUUGUGUAUGAUGAGUAUGAAGAAGUUCAGCAGUGUUACCCCCAUGGUUACCAUGGUGUGGACAAACAGGGUCACCCUGUUUAUAUUGAAAGAAUUGGUAAAACUGACCCUGUCAAACUGAUGAAGAUCACUACAGUUGAAAGAUUUUUAAAAUAUCAUGUGCAGGGAUUUGAGAAGGCUUUUUUGGAGAAGUUUCCUGCCUGUUCUAUUGCUGCUCAGAGGCACAUAGAUCGUACGAUAACAAUAUUAGAUGUCCAGGGUUUGAACUGGGUGAGUUUUGGCAAGGUUGCACAUGAUCUCUUGAUGCACAUACAGAAAAUUGAUGGUGACAACUAUCCUGAGACUUUACAUCAAAUGUACAUAGUUAAUGCUGGAAGUGGAUUCAAACUACUGUGGAGCACAGCAAAAGGCUUUCUUGAUCCAAAUACUACUGCAAAGAUUCAUGUUCUCGGGAACAGAUUCCAUAACGAAUUAUUGGACUUGGAGAUUAUUGAUCCAAGCCAAUUGCCAGAGUUUCUUGGUGGAAUUUGCUCAUGCCCUAAUGAUGGUGGUUGAUUUGGAUCUGAUAAGGGACCCUAGAAUGACCCAGAAAUAAUGAAGUUGGUACACUCAGGAAAUGCCUUGUACUUGAAGGAAACAAAAAGCUCUUCUGAGAAUGAUAAUUUGGAAGUCAAGCUUUUGUCUACUAAGGUUGCAAGUAUUAAAAUAUCUUAUGCUUCUGAUGCGAGGCCAGACACAAUAGAUUUCAUGCAGUUAGUGUCACACUCUGAUGAAAUAAUUAUCUCUGCCCCAUCUUUCUAACUUCUCUUCUAAGCAUGGUUAUGAAUUUUUUUCAUUUGACUUUAUAAUCCUUGUUUCUUUUUGUGCUAUUUG